AAAACCCCAAAUCAAACUCGCAGAGACCAACCGACGAAGAAGGGCCGAGCAGCAGCGCGAGUAGGACGAAGAAGAAGAAGAAGAAGAAGAAGCAAAGCGAGCGAAUCGAUCCGUCGACCGACCGAACCAGCCAUGUUUCCCGGAAUGUUCAUGAGGAAGCCGGACAAGGCGGAGGCAUUGAAGCAGCUGAGGGCGCACGUGGCCAUGUUCGGCGUCUGGGUCGCGGUGGUCCGGGUCGCGCCGUACGUCCUCCACUACUUCUCCGACGAGAAGGAAGAGCUCAAGCUCGAGUUCUAGAUGCGAUCCUUCGUCCGCAUAGGAAUUUAGGUAAUCGAUGCGUUGCUGUGGAUCAUUUGUUCUUUCCGAUAGCGUUUUCUUGUGGGAUUCGUUUCUUUAAAAUCCGGUUCUGCUUGGCGCUUGUUUUCGCCGGAUUUCCAGUACAUGGCCUCUAGUAAAUUGAAAUGAUGGAUCGAAGGGCAACCUAAGCUUCCCUCUCAUGUCUGGAUUCAAUUUCUCGUGCAAACCAAGGAUUAGAUUUA